GUAGUGUUUUAUUUUUAAACAGUUAAAGUCAGUUCGCGAAGGGAAUAACUUAUUCUACUGAACCGUCUGUGAAGUAAAUCUCAUUUAACAAUGGCUAACACUCUACCUCAACAUAUUCAGGUGAUUCUUCAGAAGAUAUUCAACGACAGCAUAGAAAAUUUAACUAUAGACGAGCAGGAGGGAAACAAAAAGGGGGAUGGUUAUUUGGGCGAUCUGGUCUUCCUUACAGUUGCUUACAAAAAAGAUAACGUGCCUCAUAAUUUAGUUAUUAAGCAGUGUGUUGCGGGUGUUUAUCCCGAAGAGUUCGUUACUGCUACGUAUCUGAACGAAAUAAAUUUUUAUACAAAAAGAUGGCCUGCUAUGACCGAGUUCCAGAAAAAACAUCUGGGCGAAGAAGAUCCCAACUUCGUGAAGCACAUAGCAAAAUGUUACUACACCGACAUCACAAAGGGAGCGGAAAAAAUCGUUCUAGACAAUCUCAAGUUCAAAGGUUUCGAACUUCAUCCCAAAUCGAUACCCUUAAAUUUUCGUCAAUACGCAAGUAUUUUUAAACUAUACGCAAAAUACCACGCAAUUUCAUUUGCUAUGAAACAAUUAGAACCAGAGAAAUUCGAGGAAUUUACUAAGGAUGUUCCAAAUAACUGGGAGCGAUUUUUUAUCACUAACCCCGGACCAGUGGGCAUGACUACAGCGAAAAUCAAAAUGACUUUUAACCCAACCACAGAUCAAAAGCUAGCUGAAGCUUUUGGACCAUAUCACGAUAAUGGCAAUGACAUACUAAUUGCAGAUAUGCAAUAUGAUGGACCUUACAAAGUUUUUCUUCAUGCUGACUGUUGGAGUAAUAAUAUUAUGUUUAAAUAUAACGAUUACUUAGAAAUAGAUGAUCUCAGAAUAAUAGAUUUUCAAAUGUGCUUCGUGGGCACACCCGUGUACGACUUAACCUACAGUUUAUUUUCCGGCGCAGGCAAAGAAGCACUAGAUAGAACUGACGAACUUUUAGAUAUUUAUUACCAAAGUCUAAGUGAAGCGCUUAAGAAGUAUGGCCUGGACCCAGAAAAAACAUAUCCUCAGACUGCUUUCAAAGAGGAAUGGAAGAAGUGGAAUAAGUUCGGGUUCUUUAUAAGUAUUUUAGUUCUAAGUGCUAAAGAGAACGCUAAAGCAAGGAUGAAGGAUUUAGUGCAAUAUAUGUACGACAAACAACUUUUGUAAUAUUUUGGAUAUUUAUUUAACAGAAAGAAUAAUAAAUGUAGAAUAGAUAUAAAAAGAUGGACCUGGAAUUUUAUAACAAAACAUGAACAUGUUUGUUAUUUAUAUUGUGUUGUUUUGAUAAUAUUUUAAUAUAUUUAUUACUAUGAGCUA